CUCGGCGGCACCGUAUUCAUGCUGCAGAAACAGCAGCGGCAAGACAACAGCCCAUCUGGCCAGCAGCUUACCCGCUUCGCAACCAUGUUCGGCGGCAUUCAACCCACUGAAGCACGUGUUGCAGAUCUAGUAGACGCACUCAACCAACGCGUCAUCACGGAUUUGUCCGAUCUCACAGACCUCGAACCCCGUGUCGUGCUGCAACGGAACGAACCCAGGCACGCGCUCAACACACGCCUCCUGAUGCUCCAGGCGCGCCGUAAAGGAGCGCGUUUGGUCAGCUGGAACGCGGACCACGUCCCGGUUAGGCAACAUGGCGCAACCCAACAACAGCCACUCUCCCACGUCGAAAAGGCUGUUGCAAUGCGAGUAAAAGACGCCACCUUCGACCACACCACCGCCGACACUUGGUACUACGAGGGUGCACGCUACACCCUACUCGACACCACUGCUGCCGACGCCGGCGCGUGCCACAACAAUGAAGUCGAGGCAUGUGGCCUGCUUACCGACAGCCGUGAACCGCCCGACGACGGCUGCGGUCCGUACUGGCGCCUCCACUACCUACCUGCAGCUGUCUUGGUCCGUCCCAUUAAAGGGCACGCGCCCAAAGCGGUGCUAGCAGACUUAGCGGACUUUGCAACCAAAGGUGCUGCCUUCGCCAUCGUACCACGGCCCUCGCCGGCAGCAAACAUCACCGUGCCAGCCGCCAACACCGGCACCACCACCAAAAAUGUACGUCGAGUCAAUGUACCGCUUGGUGACUACUACGCCGUGACCGACUACUUCGUACAGGGCCGUAGCUUCAAGGAAGAAUGCUGGGUCGCGGACCUUUCCGUCCCGCCCGGUGGCCUCAAGCGUGCAACCAUGUACGUGUUGCUCACCCGCUACAAGACACUCGACCACAUCCGCCUCCUGCGCCCGCUCUCUACCACACCCGACGAACGAACACGAGUCGUCAAACAGUUCAUGGCAGCAACCAAGCUGGACCCCGACCUGGCGGCCGAACUCCGCCUCCUGGAUCGCCGUGCAACCGAAACCCGUGAACGCUAUACGACCGAGUACAAACACGCCCGAAACCUAGAGGAGCGUUGGACCUCCGCAGCCAACACCACCUGA